GGAAAACGAAACUCAAAGCUAAAUAAAAGGAGUCCGGACAUCUAGCCAGCAACACACAACACUUCUGGACAGAAGGAUGGCUUCGGGUGGAACACAACUAAAAGUUGGAGACCUAAUUGAAAUUUCUCGCUUUGGCUAUGAGCACUGGGCCAUCUAUGUGGGAAAGGGCUAUGUGGUCCAUCUGGCUCCACCAAGUGAAGUGGCAGGGGCUGGGUUGAGCAGCAGCAUGUCCAUCGUGGCUGACAGAGCCAUAGUGAAGAAGGAGCUGCUGUCCGUGGUGGCCGGAGGAGACAAGUACCGGGUCAAUAACAAGCACGAUGACAAGUAUGAGCCACUGCCACCCAACAAAAUCAUCCAACAGGCCAAGAAAAUGGUGGGGAAGGAAAUCCCCUAUUCAGUGACCCACGACAACUGUGAGCACUUUGUGAACGCGCUGCGCUAUGGAGUUUCCUGCAGUGACCAGCUGACAGGGGCUGGUCACCUGCUGUGGGAUGGCAGUGCCACCUGGGAUGGAGAUGCCAGAGGUCGGGGAUCCGGGAAGCUGGCAGUGAGCAGUGGGAUCCAGGGGAAGAGGAACCUGGUCAUGUCAGGCAUAGGAAACUCUUCAGAUUUCUUGGGCCGCUGCUCCCUCUCCUUCCUCUGCCAGGGAGCUCCGUAA